AUGGCCACCGCCCAGCCCAAAGCCCCCGCAGGGGCGGCCGCGGCGCGGCGCCUGGCCCGGGGCUGCUGGUCCGCCUUCUGGGACUACGAGACGCCCAAGGUGGUCGUGGUGAGGAACCGGCGCCUGGGGGUCCUGUACCGCGCCGUGCAGUUGCUGAUCCUGCUCUACUUCGUGUGGUACGUGUUCAUCGUGCAGAAAAGCUACCAGGACAGCGAGACGGGCCCCGAGAGCUCCGUCAUCACCAAAGUCAAAGGCAUCACCACGUCCGAGCACAAAGUGUGGGACGUGGAGGAGUAUGUGAAGCCCCCCGAGGGGGGCAGCGUGUUCAGCGUCAUCACCAGGAUCGAGGUCACCCCCUUCCAGACUCAGGGAACCUGCCCCGAGAGCGCGAGAGUCCACAAAGCCACCUGCCACUCGGACGAUGACUGUGCGGCUGGGGAGCUGGACAUGCUGGGGAACGGGCCACGGACCGGGCGCUGCGUGCCCUAUUACGACGGGUCCUUCAAGACCUGCGAGAUCUCCGGCUGGUGCCCGGUGGAAGACGGCGCUGCUGUCAGCCAAUUUCUGGGUAAGAUGGCCCCAAAUUUCACCAUCCUCAUCAAGAACAGCAUCCACUACCCCAAAUUCCACUUCUCCAAGGGCAACAUCGCAAACCGCAAGGACCAGUACCUGAAGCACUGCACGUUCGACGAGGUCUCUGACCUCUACUGCCCCAUCUUCAAGCUGGGCUUCAUCGUGGAGCAGGCUCGGGAGAACUUCACGGAGCUCGCGCACAAGGGCGGCGUCAUUGGGGUCAUCAUCAACUGGGACUGUGACCUGGACCUCUCUUCAGCAGAGUGCAACCCCAAGUAUUCCUUCCGGAGGCUUGACCCUAAGCACGUCCCCGCCUCCUCGGGCUACAACUUCAGGUUUGCCAAGUAUUACAACUUAAACAGCACCACGACCCGCACACUCAUCAAAGCCUACGGGAUCCGCAUUGAUGUCAUCGUGCACGGACAGGCAGGGAAGUUCAGCCUGAUUCCCACCAUCAUUAAUCUGGCCACAGCUCUGACCUCCAUCGGGGUGGGCUCCUUCCUGUGCGACUGGAUCUUGCUAACGUUCAUGAACAAAAACAAGGUCUACAGCCAUAAGAAAUUUGACAAGGUGUGUACACCAAGGCACCCCUCAGGUAGCUGGCCUGUGACCCUUGCCCUUGUUUUGGGCCAGGCCCCUCCCCCACCGGGUCACUGCCCUGAGGACCGGCCAUCCAGCCCUCCAUCAACCCUCGGUCCAGGAGAGCUGACCUUGGGACAAGGGGCAGAGCUAGUCCCAGCCGUCCUGCCCCCACAACCUUGUCCCCUCUCUGCCCCAUCCGAGAGGAUGGUGGACGCUCCCGAUCAGAGUGUAGGACAAAAGCUUCCCACCUCCAAGUCUCCCCAGCAGGAUUCCACACCCACGGACCCCAAAGGUCUGGCCCAGCUUUGA